ACUUCACUUUACGGACGCGAACUUUUGUUUCUGUUUUACCUAACCUGCAAAUUAUCUAAAAAAAUUAUAAACAAAAAGGGCAUCUUAUAAAAUUAUCGUCAUAUCGUAAAUAUUUUUUUGUUUAAAGUAUUGUUGUGCUAACUGUAAUACCUACCUAUGCCUGCAGCGCAAAUAGGUUUGAUACUAAUUUCUUAUCUCUUUCAUAAAAACUGCGUGCGAUAUUUUUAUACUAAAAUAUACAAGCGAAAGCUGAACAUUUUAUAGGUAUUGAAAUCUAAAGCACUGAAUAGAAAUAAAAUCCAUACUUAGUGUACUAUACACACUACCUAUCUAUGUAGCUUCCAUAAGUUAUUGAUUUUGUUGUAUUUUAAUGUUGGUAGUCCUGUUUGUUUUGCUUCACAUGUCGCGCAGGGCAGAAACACCCCAUGAAUACCCGCCCGCCUAUACAAUACGCCCACCAAUAAAUGGCUGUUCGAAGUGUCAAAUAGUUAAAUAUCAUUAAAUCUAGAGAAAUGCAUUUCUUUUUUACUUUUAGAAAAUUUAGACCAUUUAGAUUUUAAAAUAGGUUUAAUCAUUGUAUUUGUUUAAGUGUUCGCAUUUACACUUAUAUCCAUUAUAAUUCGAUUAAUAUCCGUGUUAUCGUGUUUUGUGGCAACGAUUUUGUGCAAAUUUGGUAUUGUGACAAUGGCCACUAGCUUCAAAUCUUAAUAGAAAAUUAAUAAAACCUUGAAAAAGGAGGUUUGCAUCACAGAAGUUAAAAAGAACCUUCCGAUGCAUUUCUGGAUAGAUAAGCGCAGCCAGUGUGCUUACACCGGCCGUCAUCGAGUACCAUCCUCACUCUCUGCUGGGCGGGCCAGGGGCCGCGUGUGCGUGGACGCCGCGCUGGGGGCCCGCAAGGGCAUGGCGGCUCCGGUGCACCGGUUCGCGGCCGUCGACUGUCCCUCGCGCCGCCCUCACCGCACACACCGACAUUACGCGCCUCCGCCGUUACCAGCGGUGCAGGCUCGGAGGCAAGACGAUACCAUGUACGUGGAGGUCGGGUCGGAGCCCCCGCAGCCCACCAUCGCCAGUCUGGCGGCUGCGCGCUCCGUCACCCCCGAUACCUUACUGAGGACCGCGGCGCUGGGGCUCCACCACACGCCGAUGGUAGCACCUCACCUCAAGUUCGGAAUGCUGGUGUCAUUCGCGCUAGCCACCGUCUUCCUGGCCGGUGCUAAGUAUUACUUCGAUCGGCAAGUGGUACGCGAGCCUGGUGGCGGGGAGGCUGGGAUGGUGUGCGCGGCCGUGGCGUGCGUGUGCGGGCUGGGCUGCGCCCUCACGCUGUGCCGCUCCAAGCCUCAGCCCCUCGUGCUGCCAGAAAGGGUCUCCUCCACCGCGCAAAGGGACCGACCGCCCCCUCCGGAGCCGUCCGACGAUAUCUCGCUAGGUGCAUUACUGCCUCCGGAACGCGGUGUGAAUUCUGGCGUGAGCCUGGAGUCCCCCGAGGCUCCGCCCCCGUACAAGAUAGCGGUGCUGAUGCCUCCCCGCGAGUCUGCGCCCCCGCCCGCGUACACGGAGCUCAGCUAGCUGCAGCCGCGUCCCUCCAGCGAGCUCAUCAUAUAGGGCUCCGCGGCUCCGACACGCGGCUGGUGCUACGGGACGACAUCAUGACGACAAUCCCAACGAUCUUAAUAAAUAUAAUACUAUUGACGUUAAUUAUUUUUUGAAAAUUAUACUUUUCAUCGUCAGCGGUGGGAGGAUUACAGGAGCGGUACAUCGUGAUGACGUGAUGGUAGUCAGCGCGAACCUCGGAUCAAUGAAAAGUUUAAUUUCCAACAGAUAUCACGUUUUUCUCUUCUUAAUAAUUUGAUGUCCAUUAUUUAAUAACUAAACUAUACCUGUUUAUUUUUAAAUUUUAAUAAUCGAAUUUAACACAUCAUAAAAAUAUAUUUUAAUUAUUAUAAAAAGUGAAAAAUAAUAAUAAUAACAACGCAUUUUGUACACUUUUUUAAACACUCUAUGAAGUAGCGUUGUUAUAUUUUUUAACUUUGCAUGAAUGUAUGUGAGUAGAUAAGAUUAUAUUUGAGGCGAUCACAAAAUUUGCCUAUUAUCCCAAAAAAUGCAGUGUUAUAAUGGGGCAAGUAUUAAUAGUUAUCGCAUCGCAUGGCAAUUUUAUUCGAAAGAAUGAUUGUCGUGUAUUCUACAACAAUUUUAGUUUUUUUUUAACGCGUACAGACAAAAAGAAAACAAUCAUUUUUUGAAAAAAAGGCGCGAAAGUGGCCAUUUCUCUUGUAAUAGGUAAUUAAUAUGAAUAACAAUAAUACGGUGUUCAGUAAUCGAUGAAUAAUAAUAUUAUUAGAAUGACAUGAAAAAAUUAGUUUUGUAUUUUAUUGUAUUUAAGAAUUUAAUGUUUAAUUUUAAAUGACCCCAUUUUAAAAUAAUGUAACUGUAACUAUAGAGUGUUAGCGUAGUAGAUUUUCGUGUCGUGUGUUAACCGUUUGUGGUACAUAUUUACAAUAAAUGUAUUAUAUAAGGAAAAUGUAAUUAAAAUAAAUAUUAAUUUUUUCAGAGAAAAGUGAAAUUAUCUGAUUAGUCUGAUUUCUGUUUUAGCUCAAUUAUAUUGAUCUCAUUUUAGCUUAAAUAAUACACGCGCACAAUUCGUGUUUUGUAUUCAUUGGUUUUAUUUAACGUUUAAUGGACGGUUAAAAUGCUGUAAAAUAAGGUCUAGGUGGUAUUUGACGUAAAUGCUACCAAGCGAUGAAGCGUUUGCCUACUGUUAAGUGCAGAUUAAAAAAAAAUAAACAAAAAAAAA